GUUACGUAUGGUGUAUGGUAUAAUUGGAUUGUGUAGGUGGUUGUACUAGUGUUGGUGGGGUACGAUAGCUCUAAAAAGCUUAACCUCAUCACUCUAAUCAGAGUCAUUAAUGGCCAUAUCGUGAAUGUUUGCUAAAUUCCAAUCAUUGAAUGCUGUUUCUAAAAUGAUAUAAAAAUAAUUUAUUUAUUCAUUGCAAUAAAUAACAAAAUAGUAACUAUAUUCGUUACAAUUAUUUAAAUGUUAACGUAUCCUGUAAGGAGAAGAUAUCAUUCAAUUUAAAGUUAUAGAAGUUUCAAACAAGUCAAAGAAGGUCACAUUCCUAGCUGCUCUGAUUUAACUUCUCAGAAAAGGUCAUUCCAUAUAUUUCCGUCAUCAAAAUCUAGUACAAUAAACUAAAAAUGGCAAAAUGAUAUUGUAUGUCCAAGAUAUUUUUUAAAAGUCUUUAUAUGAUAUUUUUAUAUAUAAUUUCAAAAUGGAGCCUGUUCAUUUACCUAUAAAACCUAAACACAAAAGCAGCAUAAAACAAAAGAAUAAUUUAACGAAUUUGGAGUCUCUUCGAGAAAUUAUAAGUCUAACAAGUGGAAAAAAUCCGAAAAUAAAAAAAAGCGAUGCAACGAACUGGCGGCCAACGCUUGUCGAUUUAUUUAGCUUGCUUUGUUCGAAUACGGAAAUCGGCAACGAUGCAAUAUUAUUGACAUCCAAUGCAUUUCUAUCACUUGAAAAAGCUGUUUCCUCAACAACUGAAUUCGAAAAUGAACUGUACAAUUAUUUCAAAUUGGAGAAAAAUCAAAUAACCAAAUACAACCGACUGUACGAAGUGUACAAUGUUGAUUUAUUCAAAUUGAUAAUUUGCAGUGGACUUUUACAAGUGGGAGACAGUACAAAAAGCUCCAAGGAGAUUUACAAAAUUAUAUUUGAAAUAGCUUAUCCUCAUUGUAUUAGGUACACAGGGUACACUUAUUUCGCUUUCAAGAUCAUGCAGUCGUGGAUGCAAAGAUCGUCAAAAACCCACUUGUGGUCGGGAAACUCAUUCGAGUUGGAAGGGCAGUUGGAAUCUGUCAUUUUCUCGAAUUGGGAUAACUCUAUUUGCAAGGCCAACGUGGUAGGACUUUUUGCGGCCUACUUGGACGUCAUGAAGAACAAAUACGAUGGUUUUUUGCAAUUUUUGUUCUCUAGUUGCGUCGAAAAUAUAUCUUGGUGCCACGUUACGAAGUAUACGAUAUUGGCUGCAAUUUGUAGUGGACUCGAAGACAUCAAUCUGAUGACUGACUCACAAUUUAUAUCGGCACUUUAUAAUAGUUUAACUCUCAAUCAUCUCAGUAGCGCAAGUAGCAAAGUCUACACAAUUAUUUGCAACAAAUUGACAAAAGAUGUUUGGCAGGCUACUUUUGGAGCUCAUGUAAAGAAUUUCGUCAUCACUUGGGAAACAGAGAAGAAGUAUGCCACACUACAAACUCUAUGCAAAUGCUGGCUCGAGCCUGUAAUAAAACGACAUCGUGACAUUGUACCUUUUCUUGCGGAAUGUUGCGACGACGAUUGCAUUCUGUAUAAAUCGCAUUUAUUACGAAUCGCCAAAAAGUAUGUAGUAACGUUGCCAAUUACUUACGACAAUCAAGUACUUUUGGAUCAUGAAGAUGAGUUUGUAAGAUUGAACGCUUUUGCUGCACAUUGUCACGAAGUAGGAAUCUCAUCCAACGAUCAGUAUUUUAAUUCUGUGAAUGCGAUAAAACAUUUUUUAUACUUUAAUGCAAUUGCUGACACAACUUACCUCAGGGAAGGUAGCUUCAACUACUUCAAAAUUUUCCUGAGUAAUUUUCUUAAGCGAUCGUCAGUCCAAAAGGAUUCGAAAGAUCUUGUUCGUUUCCUAGACUGGUUUCACGAAUUUUUGUUGGACUGUUUUGAAAUAGGCUCUUGUUAUCAGCGAAAGAUUUUCGGAUUGCAUUUAUACAAGAUCACCUUACAGUUGUUGUGCAGCGAUAAUGUGGCUAAUGGUAUACUAUCCAAAAAUCCAAAUUUCAAGGAGGCAAUGAAGUACAGUCCCGUGUUGCGAAAGGAAAUGACAGAUCUUGGAAAAUGGAAGUUUCAUAAUAAAGAAAGUAUUGUUCUUUUAUUCAAGCUAAUACUGGAUCCAGCUAACGAUAUACAAGAGAUUUCAUCUUCUAUUAUAAUUGAUUAUUUUGAGCCCAAUAUACUGUCUGAUGCAGAAAAGAGUGAUAUUUUCAUAACAGCAUUGAAUAAAUGUAACUCUUGCAAAUUUUUCGAAACCGCCAGCGGAGCAUAUUUAUUCAAAGUUUUAACAAAAUGGUUCGUUUUGAAUUCAGCCAAUAAAACGAAUCUGAAACCCAAGAUUAACAUGAAAAUUCAGUCUCUGAUAAAGGAAAGUCCGUCUUACGUGAGAUUCUUGUACAGAGAAGCAGUGCAUCAACUAAUACAAGUGAAACAUGAUGUCUUGAAAGCGGCUACCAAAAACACACCUUUUUAUGGAGUUGUCACAGCUAUAGUGAUGACUGGUUUCGUUAAUGGGCCAGAACGUCAGCUCAUGACUGAAACGUUUUUAAAAGAAGUGAUGACUUUAUGCGAAGAUGCUACAAAUUAUUUCCUGCUUGCAUUUUCCUCCAAAUCUUCAAAUCCAGAAUAUUCAUCGUCUUUUCAAGAAAUGGGUUUAGCUAUCGAUGAAGCAGUAAAAGGUAGCGAGAUAAAUUAUGAAUAUGAUGAAUUAGUCUUAUCCCCUGCCCAACAAAUAGUUAUCACGUGUAUUUGGAGAUCAUUAAAGGUACUUUGUGAACUAUUAGUUGAAAUAGCGAAAAGUGAACUCGCGACAAAGUCAAUGAUUGUCCGAGCCACUGAACUUAUUGUAACGGUAUCAUUGAAAUGUCGUCACAAAGGAGUUAUUGAAUCAGCUGGUGCAUCUAUGGCUAACUUAACCAGGCAUCUGAGUAAAGAUCAACAGCACGCAGAGCUACUCCUGGAUCAAUUGAAAAAACUGCUCAACAAUGAUUUUUCGUCGAGUAUAAAUCUAACGCGAAGGGGAGCUGGAUUGACAAUUUUAUUUCACAAGCUUAUAGCCAGCGAUACGAGAGCUGAUAGACCACUACUUCAUUAUGCUGUGAAUUUUCUAAUGCAAAAAUUACGAGAUUCAGCUCUGAUCAAAGUCGAGCAAAGAGAAUCUAGCAAUUACGACGAUCCCUGUGCUAUGCAUCUCCACUUUUUAAAGACUCUUGUGGCGGAUAAACAGCUCCAACCACAAAUGAGCUCCUAUGUUGAGAAUAUUUGUUUAACUUGUUUCGAAUACAUACCAUCUCGGGUAUUUACAAUUCGAAACGCUAGUGUUCAGCUGUUUGGAGCAAUAGUCUCAAGACUUGUUGGUCAAAAUAUCGGCGCCAAAUCCGUGGAUUUUGGGUAUGGUUAUUCGAUAAAUUACUUCGCAACGCAUUUUCCUCAACUAGCUGCUCACAUAUUACUGAACUUACAAGCUUGUUGUCAGCCAAUCGGCGCAAAGUAUGUCAAAUGGCAAGUCAGCAAGAACAUCAUUCAUAUUUUGUCCUUGUUGUCAAUGAUGUUCUUUAGUGGCUGCGAACUUGUCGAUAGAGCGUCGGAACUUUACGUUAAGCAGAUCAGGAACUGCUUGCAAUUUUACAUGAGCAGUCCUAUAUCGCAUGUUCGAAACUUGGCCGCAAAGUCCUAUACCGCACUUGUUGGUUUGUCGAGUAUAGAGCAAGAAAUCGAUCAAUUAAAGAGUCAAAUCGCAUCUACAAGCAACUUUAAUCGACUGAAUGGCUAUUUGACUGCUUUACAGUAUUUAUUUGACAAGCAAAAUGACGAAGUACAGAGUGUAGUAGUGAAACAUGCCAAAAUGAAAUCGUUAAGUGAGGUGAGAAAAAAAUUGGAGACCCACGCGAAAAUCGAAGCACUUUGGACCUUUUGGACUCGACGAGCGAUGUUUAUUCAGCAAAAGAAACUUUGUUACACUGUCGAAGCUCAACUCUUAAGAAUGUCGCGUCAAUUUAAACUUGUACUUGAAGAAAAUUAUAGUAUUGAUUCAAAAAAGAAGAAUAAUUUUGAUACCAUAUUUGACAAAAAUCGACCGGGAUUUUUCGAAUUCAUCGACGAGUUGAUGCAACUCUUUGUGGAAUACAUUUCUUGUAAUAUUGUUGGCGCGGAAAUAAAAACUAUAUUGGAAGCAAAAUGCAUAGAUUUCGGCAUAAAUUUUUUAAAGUACGCUCCACGUCAUAAACGCAAUUUGCUCAUGAUUUGUGUCAAUUUCGCGAUAAAUAAUUUUGAAAAGGUUCACCCAGUUUUUCUUGAAGCAAUAAAUAUUUAUACAAACGAAUCGAUUAAAUGUACAUUUAAAAAUCAAACCUUUCAUUUUAAAUAUAUGGACAUAUCUAGACUGAAAAUAUUCGCGUCGAAAUUAGAGAAUACAUAUACUCGAACGAUUCAUUUAUCGGAGUUACUGUUAUUUAUUCAUGUCAUGUCGAUGAGAGGAUCCGAAACAUACGAUCUUUUCGAAGAUUUCGUUUCAUCUAUCACAAACGAAAAAGUUGUACUGUCUAACUAUUUCAAUUAUCCUGAAGUUACGAGACAGCUAAUUGCCAAGGGACUAGAACUUUUGCUUUGUAACUUUGAUCAGUUGAAUACCAAAUGUAGAGUAAUGCCUUUGUUAGUUUCACUAGUUGCUAUGAAAGAUGAGGUUUUUAAUAUAAGAGAGAUGAUUCGAAGUAGCGUUCUCGAUGUCAUUUUAACUUGUAAAUUGAGAACUAGGAGAAUUUUUGAUCAAAUUAUAUAUUUUGUAAUAUUGGAAAACAUUGUGUCAGAAAAAACUAUAAUCGGUGAGCUCUGUGAUAUUGAGAUUAACAAAUUUUUUGGGAAAUAUUUGUCUACUGUGCAACAGCGUUCGAGUACUUUUGAUAUAACGAAUCCUUUCGACGAUAAUAAUGUAUCUCCUUACAGAGAAGAGUCAAAAAUCAUAAACUACAUCGUAUUUUUUAUAAAGCAAAAAUUUGUCAAAACAAUUUGUAACAAAGAUGUAUUUUAUGAAAUUAUUAUUGAUAAUAUAUUUGAUACUAAGCGUAAUUUGUUAACAAAAAUGAAUAUCCAUACUGAUAAUCUAGUACAUAUUUUGAGCAUUAGGGAUGAAGAGUAUCUAGCUAAUAAAUUAAAAAUUGUAAAUGAACGGUAUUCUACAAUAAAAUGAUCAAAUCAUUUU